AAGGUUAGUAAAUUGACUGUUUCUACUAGUAGUUCCCUCCAACAAUCAACAUAAUCUUUAUUUCUCAACCAAAUUCCUAAACUCCCUCGUAUUUUCCUUUUAUACUUUUAUCUCUCUUCUUGUUGUUCUUCCUCUUUGUUCUCCAAUUUCAUACAACUACCCUACACUGCCUCUUUCAUCAAUCUUCAAUUUCCUCCAGAUCUCCGAUCUUCUAUUAUCUUUCGUUUUAGUAGAUUUCUCUUUCUCUAAUUUUAAUUCCCAUUGAUUAUUUCAUAAACCCUUCCUCCCUAUUCCCUUUUUCCUAUUUAACUAUUUACUAUAAACCGUUACUCUUCUUAGCUUGGAUCGCUUUAAAGUUCAAAUCUUAGGUAGGGAGGCAGGGAGAGAGACAAAGAGAGAUGUCAACUCCUAAAUCUACCACUCCUCAAUCGCAGCAGCAACAGAAGCAGCAUCAGCUUCCAUUAACACCGAUGAAGCCGCCGUUUGUUCAGGCUCCGCCUGCCGAUUAUCAUCACUUAUCCCACUAUAAUUGUAUUCUACCUCUUCAUCCUCAUCCCGAAGUUAUUCUCGUUAAAACCCCUCCAAUGAAGUGGAAGAGUGAUAUAUCCGAAUUUGAUACCGAGUCUAGUGAUUUGACAACCAGUCCAGUGAAUACUGGAGUAGUAGACAGGCCUCUCCAGACCCCUGUAUCUGGUAAGGGUGGCAAGGGAAGAGGAUCAAGGGUUACCAAGGUCAACAGAGCGGGGCCUCAGACUCCCAUGUCAAAUAUUGGUUCUGCAGGUGACAAUAUCACUCCAGUUGGUUCUUGUCGCUAUGAUAGCUCCCUUGGACUUUUGACAAAGAAGUUUAUUAAAUUGAUCAGACAUGCAGAAGACGGUAUUCUUGAUUUAAACAAAGCUGCUAAUUUUUUGGAGGUCAUUUUUUCCGUAACAUUUGUUUUGUUUUGGCUCUUCCUAUUCUCUUCCAUAAGUGAUUACCAUAAUUUUUUUCGUGUGCUUCAGGUGCAAAAGAGGCGUAUUUAUGAUAUUACCAAUGUUCUAGAGGGCAUUGGUCUUGUAGAAAAGAAGUUGAAGAAUAGGAUACAAUGGAAGGGACUUGAUGUCUCAAGGCCAGGUGAUGUUGAUGAUAGUGCCAUUACUCUACAGGGAGAUAUUGAAAACCUUUCAUUGGAAGAACGCAGAUUGGAUGAACAAAUAAGAGAAAUGCAAGAAAGAUUGAGGGAAAUGAGUGAAGAUGAAAACUAUCAGAAGUGGCUCUUUAUUACCGAAGAAGACAUAAAGGGCUCACCUUGUUUUCAGAACGAAACCUUGAUAGCCAUCAAAGCUCCACAUGGAACAACUUUAGAGGUUCCAGAUCCAGAUGAGGCUCUUGAUUAUCCUCAAAGACGAUACAAAAUAGUUCUGAGGAGCACAAUGGGACCCAUUGAUGUUUAUCUAGUAAGUCAAUUUGAAGAGAAGUUUGAAGAAAUCAGUGAUGCUGAGCCUGCCCCAAGUAUACCAAGUACCUCAGGUAAUAACGAUCACGCUGCCGCUGAGGAGGAAAUAUGUCCAGAUGCCAAUUCUCAGCAGGAUUUCGUGAGUGGCAUCAUGAAGAUAGUGCCAGAAGUUGAUAGUGAUGCGGAUUACUGGUUGCUUUCAGAAGGUGAUUUUAGCAUUACUGACAUGUGGAGAACGGAAUGUAUCCUUUUUAACUUUCUUUACUUAUGUUAAUUUAUAAACCAGUUCAAAAAUCAUUUGGAAACAAGGCAUGUGAUUCCCUAACUUUACGGAAGCUGGGGUUGAAUGGAAUAAUUGAUUACAGACUAUCCAUGAAGAUUAUGAUGUGGCCAAUAUAGGCAGCAUACAGCCGCAAAGCCCACCACCAGCUGCAACAGAUGUGCCUCCAGCUAACACGCCUGGUAUAGUUGAUUGAAUUAGGAGCUGUAAGAGACUUGCCAAUGUCAAUGCUAAUGCCAAUGCUGUCCAUCUUGAUCACUGUUACCAGGACUGAACUGAGCUUCCGAGCUUUUCUAUUCAAACCUAGAAACUGUGAAUGCACCUAGAAACUGUGAAUGCACUUACUUUUAGGAUGUUGCAACAUGAUCUGUAUCACAGAUCAGUGCAUAAAGUACGUUAAUAAGAAGAGAUUGUUCAUGAUGAAUUGUACAGCGGCAACAACAAUGCCAAGCCGCAAUCCCAGAAUAAGGUUCAUGGGUUCUACAUGGGUUUUAGAACCCAUGACUUUGAGUUGUACAGCCAGCCUGUAAGAAAAUCGCAA